CGUAAGAGUUGUUAAAAACGCAAGAUAGUGAAAAACCCCACACUCAGAAUUUCUCAAACUCCCACUAAACUCUCAACACGAUGGCGGCUUUCGCUCUCUUCUCAAGCGCUCAUGUUGCCCCUAAACCCUACAUACAUUUCAUCAAAGCUUCAGCUUCCGAUCUCCCCAAAACAUCCGUUCCACCACCACCGCUGUCUACGCAGCCGCAGCCACCCCUCAAGCCCCACCACAAUAUCCGCGAAGAAGCUCGUCUCCUUAACGCUGUGACCUCCACGACCCACCACCCUCGCUUCACCGCCAAAUACGUCCCAUUCGCCGCCAUUUCCGACCCUUCAUCCUCCGAUGAAUCCUACUCUCUCGAUGAGAUCGUUUACAGAUCCCAAUCAGGCUCCCUUCUCGACGUCCAUCACGACAUGUCAGCUCUGAAACAUUUCGACGGCGCCUACUGGCGAAACCUUUUCGACUCCCGUGUGGGAAAAACCACGUGGCCGUUCGGUUCCGGCGUCUGGUCGAAAAAAGAAUGGGUCCUACCUGAAAUCGACGAUGAUGACAUCAUCUCCGCUUUUGAAGGAAACUCUAACCUCUUCUGGGCCGAACGGUACGGAAAACACUUCUUGGGAAUGAACGAUUUAUGGGUAAAACAUUGUGGGAUUAGCCAUACGGGUAGUUUUAAAGAUUUGGGUAUGACAGUUUUAGUGAGUCAAGUUAACAGGUUAAGGAAAAUGAAUAAACCAGUUGUUGGAGUUGGUUGUGCUUCAACAGGGGACACGUCAGCGGCAUUAUCUGCUUAUUGUGCGGCUGCUGGGAUUCCUUCUAUUGUCUUUUUACCUGCUAAUAGGAUUUCCAUGGCUCAACUUGUUCAACCCAUUGCAAAUGGUGCCUUUGUUUUGAGUAUUGAUACUGAUUUUGAUGGAUGUAUGCAGUUGAUUAGGGAAGUAACAGCUGAGUUGCCGAUAUAUUUGGCGAAUUCCCUGAAUAGUUUGCGGCUGGAAGGACAAAAAACGGCUGCUGUCGAGAUUUUACAGCAGUUUGAUUGGGAAGUUCCAGAUUGGGUUAUUGUUCCAGGUGGAAACCUUGGGAAUAUUUAUGCCUUUUAUAAAGGGUUUGCUAUGUGCAAAGAGUUGGGACUUGUUGAUAGGAUUCCUAGGUUGGUUUGUGCACAAGCUGCUAAUGCGAAUCCGUUGUAUUUGUAUUUUAAGUCUGGUUGGAAUGAGUUUAAGCCUGUGAAAGCAAAUACAACUUUUGCAUCUGCUAUCCAGAUUGGUGAUCCCGUUUCCAUUGAUAGAGCUGUGUAUGCUUUGAAAAAUUCAAAUGGGAUCGUUGAGGAAGCUACUGAGGAGGAGUUGAUGGAUGCUAUGGCACAAGCUGAUUCUACCGGGAUGUUUACUUGCCCGCAUACUGGGGUGGCAUUGACUGCAUUGAUUAAGCUUAGGAGAAGUGGGGUUAUUGGUCCUACGGAUAGGACAGUGGUGGUGAGUACGGCUCAUGGGUUGAAAUUUACACAAAGUAAGAUUGAUUAUCACUCCAAUGAUAUUAAGGAUAUGGCUUGCAGAUUCGCUAACCCUCCCGUGCAAGUAAAGGCAGAUUUUGGGUCGGUAAUGGAUGUUUUGAAGAAGUAUUUGCUGAGUAAAGCCCAUUAGGCUGAUUAUUAUGAGCAGUAUAAGAUUUGCUCAUGUACCUUUCUAUUGUUGGCUUAAAUAUUGAUGUUGCUAUCUUAAUGUACUUUUCUUUUCCAACUUAUUAGAGCCUUCUUGUUAGGAUUGUAGCUUUUGAAGAGAGAAACCUUCUUUCCCAAAUGAAGGACCUCUUUAACAUUUGAAUUUAAUGGCAUUUUUCUUGGUGAACUUUUUCCAUCAAGUGU